GUAGCCGGUCGGUCAAACUCAAAUGGCUUAUUAGGCGAAAAGAGAAGAACCUCUCUGGCUUUCCUAGGAGGCUUCCAUCGCUUCGCUUCUCCGCCUCUCUCUCUCUCUCUCUCUCUCUCUCGCACUCUAGAUCGGAAUAUUAGAUCCAGCUUGUCGGAUUAUGUGCGUCCCCAUGGGUACAGCUUUGACUACUGACAAAUCUAAGGUUAGAAGCGCAUGGAUUUUUGGUGUUUCAAAAUUUGUCUGCUGGUACUGGCGUUGUUGGACCAUCCCAUCCAUUUCCCCUUUAGUACCAAUGCUCAUUUUAUGUUCUCCACUCACUUUCUGCGUCGCUUCCCACCCCAUGCCCUCUACUGUUUUUCACACUUCCAGUGAUCUGCCGACACCCUCUUUAAAAACAACCCAACCGCACGCUCACCCUCAAAUCGCUAUUCUCAUCAUUGUUUCUCUUGUCUUGCUCCUUGCCUUGUUGUUUGCCAUGGGAUUCUUGUUCAGAUUCCUCAGACUCAGGAAGCUCAGACGCGGUAAACCCACGUCCACCGUUCUACCUGAUCAAGAAAAGGGGAAAGAUUCUGGCGUUGAAGGUGAAGAGUUUGUCAGGAAAUUCAGAUGGGAAGAAAUUAAGGAUGUGACUCAGAAUUUCUCCCGCGUGGUUGGUCAGGGAGGGUUUAGCAAUGUCUACUUGGCUAACCUGUCUGGUUCCAGUCAAGGAGCAGUUAAGGUCCAGGUUGGUAGCGAUCGACUGAACCAAGUGUUCAAACAGGAACUGGAUAUUCUGCUUCGCCUCCGUAACGACAACAUCGUAAAGCUUCUUGGUUACUGCGAUGAUCUAGAGGAAGGGGCCAUGGUGUUUGAGUACGUUCCAAAUGGAAACUUACAAGAGAAGCUACACGAAAUGGAAAGGGGAGUACUUCCAUGGAAAACCCGCACGGCCAUAGCUUUCCAACUUGCCCAGGCAAUCGAGUACCUACACGAAAAAUGCACCCUCCAAAUAGUUCAUGGGGACAUCAAAGCUUCUAAUAUCUUGCUAGAUGAGCAUUUUAAUUGCAAGCUUUGCGAUUUCGGGUCAGCAAAGAUGGGUUUUUCGUCUACGGUGAUACCGCCGUCUUGCUCCAGGACAAAGCAAGUAAUGAUCGGCUCACCGGGUUACACCGACCCUCAUUAUUUGAGGACUGGGUUCGCCUCCAAAAAGAACGAUGUUUACAGCUUGGGCGUUAUUAUCUUGGAACUUGUUACUGGAAUGGAAGCCUUUUGUCCAGAAAGGGGACAAUUAUUGACGUCAAUAGUGGCACCCAAUUUAAGGGACAUCGCUGAGUGUGGGGCGGAGGAGAAAGUGGCAGAAUUGGUGGAUCCACGUCUGGCUGGAGAGUUUGACUUGGAAGAAGCCAGGGCUAUGCUUUCAAUUGCUGCACUUUGCCUUCACCAGUCUCCCACUGUUAGGCCUUCCGCUUCUCAAAUCAUGCAAACAAUCAAGGACAAAAUCACUUCCAUCGACUUCCUCUUCUCACCUGGCAAAGGUUGCCACGAGUAACUAAUUGAUGGUGACAACUUUGUUGCUUUGGGCUUUUAUGCUUUGAAAUUGUUUAUAAAUAGUUUCAAUUUUUAUACCCUUUCUCUUGUAAGUAGAUUUGCAAUGUCAAAAUUUCAGGGCCUGUCCUGCAGUGUGUGCCCCUAAAUUACAGAAACAAAAGAUUCGCAUUGGAAUUUAGCACUUGUAAUAUUCCUGUAAAUUAUAUCCACAAUUCUUUAGGACAACAAGUUUACUGUAAGUGGAAAGUGAAAGCACAGCGGACAGAUAAAUUGGAUUUUGAAGUUUUCUUUA